CCUUAAGCAGUCUACGGUCUUCCCGGAGGACGCACAAAUUGCGCAUUCACUUGCGGACACACCCGUGCCUACUUACGGAAUACGGCACACCACGAAACGGUCCAGAAGCGUGGUCACUGCGAGAAGUCAAGGGUCAGGUACCCCGCCGCUAGACCCUGAGUCGACGACCGAAAGCAGCGAAGGCAAUGAGCUACCACCAUCAGCCCGGCCAGCCUCAGCUAGGGGCGACGUUCGUCCCCGGUGGAUUCGAUGACUAUUAUAUGCCGGUUCCUUCGCCGGAAGUCAUUUCGCCAGCGCCUCAACGCAUAAUGCCUGAGGUGCCUGAAAACAUGCAAGAAAACUUACAGUACAUGGAACUCGAGGCCAACGGGCCCCGCAGCGCAAACACAAUGGCGUCGCCAGGGCACGACUACAACCAGUCCUCGGGGCACUUCCCCCCGCGGCAAUCAAGUUUCCAAGACGGGGGCGCACAGGGAAACGGAGAGCAGUGGCCGGCGCGACAUGGCAGCAUCUCCGCUGCCUUUCGAGGCCCGCCCCAAGUGCAGCCCCAGAACGACUUCGCGCAGCCCUCCCACGACUACAACCAGUUUGCGCAGACCGGCGACGCGCCAAAUUUCUCGCCGUUCCCGAAGCUCCCGAACCGUCCACCGAACGUGCCGCCGUCCGAUGACGAGAAAGAGGCAGUCCUCGAGAAUGCGCGCCUUCCUGUGCUCAACUCGAACGACCCUGAGAUGCAGCUGGCAUGGGCGCAAGAUGCACUGAGCUACGUCGACGCUGCGCAACUGCAUGAGUUACGAAUCGCUGAGACUCAGGGAGCCAGGCCGUCGACACCACAGAUCGAGCACCAGCUGCGCAUGGAUGCCAUGAACGUGGUGCAGUUUUUAGCAGACCAGCACCACCCUAAGGCCGCUUUCAUGCGAGGCAUGUGGCUGGAAUUUGGCAAGUUCGGCCUGCGCGCGGACAAGAAGGAGGCCUUCAGAUGCUACUCUCGCGCAGCUGGCAAAGGCUAUGCAAGAGCCGAGUACCGAAUGGGAAUGCAGUUCGAGCAGUCCAACGAUCCCAUUCGUGCUCUGCAGCACUACAAGGCCGGCGCGGAGCAAGGUGACUCUGCGUCGAACUACCGUUUAGGCAUGAUGACCUUGCUCGGACAGCAUGGGCAGCAGCAAGACUUCACUAGAGGCAUUGAGUUGAUCAGGACUGCUGCAGCUUCCGCAGACGAGAAUGCACCACAGGGUGCGUAUGUCCUCGGCAUGCUUCAGUCUCGCGAACUCCCUCAGAUCCAGGUCCCCGAGACCUUUCUGCCCUACGACGAAAAGGCGGCGAGGCAGAACAUCGAGAAAGCGGCGUACCUCGGGUUCGCAAAGGCACAGCUCAAGAUGGGAUCAGCAUACGAACUAUGCAGCUUGGGCUGCGAGUUCAACCCUACAAUGUCGCUGCAUUACAACGCGCUAGCUUCACGUCAAGGCGAGCCAGAAGCGGACAUGGCUAUAAGUAAGUGGUUCCUCUGUGGCCACGAAGGCGAAUUCUCGAAGAACGAGGAGCUUGCGUACAUCUACGCCCAGCGCGCAGCAGCCACCGGGCUUGCUACCGCCGAAUUUGCCAUGGGUUACUUCAAUGAGAUUGGCAUGCAUGUGCCUGUAGAUUUGCAGAAAGCCAUGGAGUGGUACGAAAAGGCUGAACAGAAUGGCAACAAGGACGCGAUUCAACGGAUAGAGAGUCUGUCGAUCUCAAGAACGCUUUCAAAGAAGGACCACGAGAAUGUUGCGAUCAACAGGAUCAAGUCUCAGCAUGGUUCCAUGCGCGGGAAACGUCCGACUCGACUGCAGAAGCCUGCUGCGCCUGCACUGGCAUCCAUUAACGACAACAGCCCGUCAGACUAUGGUAAUAACCGGGGUGAUUCCACAACCCCAUAUCCAAUGGCUGAUGGUCCACCAGUCAUCAACGCGCCACCACCUAAUGCGGCGCCAUAUGGGCGCUCUACAACGGCCGCGCCUUAUCCCAUGGAUAAUGGCCCACCGCGGGUUGGAUCAGCACGUCCAAUGCCAGGUGGUUUUGCGCCAGAAGUUCGCGCUGCUAGUGCUCGUCCGACUUCCUCAGGCAACGCAUUUAACAUCAACCCUAACAUAUAUCCUGCCAACGAUGGAUACGGGCGUGGCCGACCUCCACUUGGCCCUGAGUCUCACACAAGCCCCCUUCCUCUGCGCCCACACACAAGCGUGAAUGAGGUUGGCUCGGGAGGCCGAGGCAUGCGCCCCAUCCCAGGUGGUCGCGGUGGACUACCAGCCGCGGGUCCCGCAGGCUACAGACAACCUGGUGGUCCAAGUGCACAACGUCCAGAGAUUGAUCGCCCUCAGACCGCCCAGCCCGUCGAUAUUGGUUACAGUGCACCACCAGAUGCACGCAACAAGCUUCAAAAGCCCGGUCAGGGAAUGAAGAAGACACCCACGAUUCCAGACAUUGGCUAUGUUGCUCCUCUGGAGCCUCGACAGCACACGAGGCCUUCCACCGUGCAGCCAGGUCAAGAGAGCAGGACAAACUCAAUGCGCCACGACAGGCCCUCGACUGCCAUGCCAGGACAAGGGCCUCGUCCAUCGUCGAGACCCGGCUCAGCUGGCCGACCUGCCCCGCAAGAUCCUAUGCCUAAGCCGCAGAGGGCACCUACACAGCAGCAACGACCUCCUCCACAAGCUGCUCCUGCAUCCGCUCCUGCCCCGGCCAGCAGACCUCCAGCUGCUGCACCCCCACUCAAGCCUUCUGUCUCCUCACCAUCUGGCAAGGGGCCGAAGACUUUCGACGAAAUGGGUAUCGGGCAGGCUCCCCAGGACAAGGAUUGCGUGGUCAUGUAGUCGAGCAUGGUGCUGUCUAAAUUCAACUUGUAUA